UCGAAUAUGUUGUGUAUUUACUUCUGUCACUGACAGUAAUGUUUUUUGGGGGUUGUUUGUUUACUUAAAUAGGAAAUAGUACUAAGAAAGUUUUACACAUCGUCUCUUAUUAGUUUUUAUGCUCUUGAUUUUGUAAGACCAUAAUGUUCUCAGAAUACUGUAGGGAUAACUCUUGCUGUCCAAGAAUGACUGGGGGGGUCAAUGGGAGUCCUUAAAAGGGCAUGUGUGUGUGUGCGUGUGCGUGUGCGCGCGUGUGUGUAAUGGGAGGGCAGUUCGGCUCCAGCUGCACUAUAACUGCUUCACUCCUUGCCUUGGCGACGACAGCGUGAAUCUGUUUCAGUGCAAGAAAAACGUGGCCACGACUUUGUGACCAAAAUAAAAACCCUGUCCAGUCGAGACUUGUCUCUCAUUACAAGCCUGUUUCUUUCCCCGAAUAAUACUAAAACAAAGACGGGUUUGUUAAAGAUAAGUAUCCUUCCUUGUGAGAGGGACAACCAACACCACCAGAGCUGCUGGAAACUCUACUCCUGUGCUGGACCGCGCUGUCAGCAGCAUGACAGGAAAGCCUCCCCUAGACAACAGCGAGGACAGAGGCUGGCUGGGUGAGGGUCAGUCUGAACUUCAGCUAACAAGUGAUCCAAGUGAAGCACAGAGAAAUGACGAAGACCGGCCCGCAUGGGGGUCCAAAGUCCAGUACGUGUUGGCCCAGGUGGGCUUCAGUGUGGGCUUGGGAAAUGUAUGGAGGUUCCCGUACCUUUGCCAUAAAAAUGGAGGAGGGUCUUUCAUGUUGCUGUAUGUGUUUCUUCUCCUGAUUGUGGGGGUUCCUCUUUUCUUCAUGGAGUUGGCAGCUGGCCAGAGCAUUCGACAGGGCAGCAUCGGCGUGUGGAAGCACAUCUCCCCAAAACUGGCAGGGAUUGGCUACUCCAGCUGCAUGGUUUGUUUUUACGUGGCCCUUUACUACAAUGUUAUCAUUGCAUGGAGCCUGUUCUACAUGGGUAACUCUUUUCAGUAUCCUCUACCUUGGGAGCACUGCCCAGUUGAUGUAGCCACUAACGACACAGUAAAAGAAUGCGCAAGCAGCUCUGCAACAUCGUAUUUCUGGUUUCGCAAGGCUCUUAACAUCACCAACUCCAUCGAAGAAUCUGGAGAGUUUAAUGCCAUCAUGACCGGCUGUUUAUUGGCGGCUUGGACAAUUGUGUCAUUGGCAAUGAUCAAGGGCAUCAAGUCUUCUGCAAAGGUGAUGUACUUUUCCACAGUCUUCCCCUAUGUGGUGCUCUUUAUUUUCCUCAUUCGAGGAUUGAUGUUGGACGGUGCAGUUGAAGGAAUCACCUAUAUGAUUUAUCCUAAACUGGAAAUCUGGGGGAAUGUGCAGGUGUGGCGACAGGCUGCCACACAAGUCUUUUUUGCCCUCGGCCUGGGCUACGGCUCCGUUAUCGCAUAUUCCUCCUACAAUCCCUUCCACAACAACUGCCACAGGGAUGCACUGAUGGUCUCUGGCAUUAACUUCAUGACGUCUGUGUUGGCCUCGUUGGUAGUUUUUGUUGUGCUGGGCUUCCGUGCCAAGAACAUUGCACUGCGCUGCGUGGCUAAAAAUCUUGGUCUGCUAAGCUCCGUGGCAUCACAUGGACCUGAACAGCACUGGUGGCCUUCGUUUAACAUAACCGAUCCGGAUUCUGUGUCUUUGCCUGAGUACAGAGAUUGGUACAGUCACUACAGCUCCGUGGUGAGCUCCAACAUCACUGACUGCAGCCUGGAGGAGGAGAUGAAUAAGGGCGUUGAAGGGACAGGUCUGGCAUUCAUAGCCUUCACUGAGGUGAUGGCCCUCUUCCCGGCCAGCCCCUUCUGGUCCACCCUGUUUUUCCUAAUGCUGCUCAACCUGGGCCUCAGCACCAUGUUUGGCACCAUGCAGGGAAUCCUCACACCACUUAUGGACAACUUCAGCUUCUUGGGACGCCACCGGACUGCACUCACAGUUUCCAGCUGUGCUUUGGGCUUCUUGAUAGGCCUGCUGUUCACACAGCGCUCGGGCAACUAUUUUGUGGCUAUGUUUGAUGACUACUCGGCAACUCUGCCGCUCAUCAUUGUAGUCAUUUUUGAAACUAUCAGUGUGUCGUGGGUUUAUGGAACUGAUCGCUUCUUGGAUGAUAUUGAAGUCAUGCUCAAAUGGCGCCCUCCAGUGGUGUACAAAUAUCUUUGGAAAUAUGUUUGUCUGCUGGCAAUGAUUGGGCUUCUGGCUGCCAGUUUGUUGCGUAUGGUCUUUAAAUCUCCCACGUACACGGCCUGGAACCAAAGCACAGGUUCUGAGAUGACUCUCGAGUAUCCAGGCUGGGCCUUGGCUAUGAUUGUCAUGCUCAUCGUCUUUGCAAGCUUGCCUGUUCCCAUUGGCUACAUCCAUUCUGUCCUGAAAGACCGCAGGCUCCGUAGCGCUCACUCUAAGGAGGGAGGCGGCCAGGAGAUGCACCGUGAGUUGUACACCAAGUGCAAUUCCACCGAGCAGCUGGAUUCAAACUCCCAAUGUCGAGCCCCCACUGCGGAGGGCGAGCGUCGUCCGUCUGCCUUCCCUCCAAUGGGCAACGAACUCUACCAGCCACUGGGGCAGGAGGAGGAGGAGGACGAUGAGGAGGAGCAGGAUACAGGAGUAUGAGCGCAGCUGGCAAGAAAGAGACGUCAACAGAAUAAGACUUUUAUCAGUGGCAAAGUCUUUGGGUUGCACCCCGUAAUCUUUCAUUCAAGUGAAUGCUACGUCAAUGACAAACCAAAGUUAUUUUGACUAUUUAUAUUAACACACUACCUGUCAAUUUUAAAGCUCUUUUAAAUUUUGUGGAUCUAUGAAAUGUAUGAAACUGACCUCAGCUUCUUGUACAUAACUCAUUAUUUACUGAGCCUAAAGUGCUGUUUAAGAAAAACAAAAAAAUAGCUAUGUUUGUGUUACCAGCAUGUCACACUGGGAUUGUAUAUUGUAUAUACUAGUCUGUUUUUGUGUGGGGUUUAUACUUUAUCGUGUGGUUAAGUAGCUGGUAAAUUGAAGGAGGAGGAGGAGGAUGAUGAUGACGAUGACGAGGGAUUUGCAUGAAAACAUUCUACCUCGAGAAACUGUGAGGUGAGUGUUUGAGCACUUCUGUUGUGAAUCAAUUUGUCUAGAUAUGUAAAAUAGGUGUGUUUUGUUUGUAUUCAUGUCAUUUUACCUCAUGAGAGCUCAGUGAUGUUUGUACAUGUGUUCACACAGUGUUGCAGUAUUGUGUCGUUAUCGACGAGGACUGAAAUAAACCUCCAGAUGGCAGUGAGUGAUUCACACAGCUUCUUCACUCAAACCAAAGUGAUUGAAGUGAAAUAUUAAAAGGUAAAAUUUCUACUUCAUCAAGAAUUUUCAACUUUAUUCUGGUUGCUGAGAGUAAAAUAUUGGUAAGGCGUUUUAUUCAUUUAGUUAAAGGUUGGUUGAGUUUUUAGCUGACUUUUUAUACGGCUUAAUGGACUAAGUUUUAAAAUGAAAUAAUACUAUAGUGUUUCUGUGAAAAUGUUAGAUCAUGCCUGUAGGAGCCAUAUAUUACAUUUGUUUUUUCUGGGUUUAUUCUUCCUGAACACCAGGGGUCCUAUUGGUUAAAGGUCGAGGCUGGCCACAACAUAUUUAAGUUCAUGUGUUGCUCAUUUUUGGGAAGCAAACAGUUUUUGACUGUGUUCAGAAGACGUGUGAGAUUUUAUAAUUUAAAGACUUUGUAUGGAAAACUGAUUGGAAGUAAUGUCGCAACAGAGUGUGGACUGUACGCAAAUAAAUGCUAUUUGAGUUCAAGUAUAA